UUUCAAAUCUUUCUUGUUCUAAAUCGAUGAGAGAAGUGAACGAUCGAUAACUUGUCGAAGGAAAUAAGCCAUCGCGCCUCAUUGCACUUCACUGACUUCCCGGCUUCAACUCGCAGGCCCUUUCUUCAUUCGCUCUCGUUCCCAGAAAAAAAAAUUUAAUCCAUGGCUAACAAUCCUUCGCAGCUACUACCGUCGGAGUUAAUCGACCGAUGUAUAGGGUCUAAAAUAUGGGUCAUUAUGAAGGGCGACAAAGAGCUUGUUGGCACUCUCAGAGGAUUCGAUGUUUAUGUCAACAUGGUUCUUGAAGAUGUUACUGAAUAUGAGAUCACUGCUGAGGGGAGACGGAUAACAAAGCUGGAUCAGAUUCUACUCAAUGGGAACAACAUUGCUAUUCUCGUUCCUGGUGGAUCACCCGACCCAGAAUAGAAGUGGAAUAUGAAUAACAUGUGGUUUUGGUUGGCAAACUUUUGCACCAUUGUUGUGAGUUGCCUCCUUGUACCCACCAUUGUCUUUUGAUGUAGAAUGACUCAGGUGACAACUUUCAUGUAUUUGAUUGAAGUAAAGUGUUUUAGUUUCUUCAAUAGGAAUCAGUGUUAGAUUCCUACUUCUUCACUGAUUCCAUUAGAAAUCUAUUGGCUUAAUUCUGAAGUGAAUUUGACUGUGUUUAGUCCAUUUAUGUUUGAGAA